UUUCAUUCAUAAGAUCUCUGGUUGAUACUCUCACGGAAACGAUUAGAAAAACCUCGGUUCCAUGGCUUCCGCGGAGCAGCCGCUGAAGAAGCGAAGGCUACAAGAACUGCCGACUGAACAUACAUAUCCAUUGAAUCGUCUAUUGACUUCACAAACAUCUGAUGUUCAUCCUUCAACUCAAAAACCGCAGUUUCUUUCUUCUACACAACCGUCACUAUCUCAGGAAGAAAUUGAUAAAAGGCGGAGGAAUAAAGAGGAGAUUCGAAGUUUAUACGAUUGUUACAAGAGAAUUAAGUUCUGUGUCUCUCAAAAGGAUGUUCGUCUCAUGCCUGAUCUCGAAAAAGUCUUCCUUUCUCUAAUUGCUGCUUCUCGAGGUUGCACCAGUGUGCAGCGCAUCAUUGCAGAUCUAAUCCCAAGAUAUGCUUCAUAUUGUCCUACUGCUCUUGAAGCUUCAGCGAAGGUCCUUAUUAAUACGCAUAACUGGAAUUUGACAAUAUUAAAUAAAGGAGAGGACACAGAUGAUGUUGCUUUUGGGACCGCAAAAGCCUGUUUAUUUGGUUUAGCCGACAUUUGCUGUAUUGCUUCCUCAGAGGCAUCAACGUCAUCUGUUAUUCGUGGAAUCUGUUCUGCAGUUUUCUGUAAUGUGCUUACCUUCUUUAUAUCUUCUUUGGAGAGGAAUGAUACGCUUCUGAUGUUUGACAAGGAGAUAUUGACGAUGCAAGAUUCCAAUGAGAUAUUUCUUGAGCACAAGCAAAAAAUUUCUGAUGGAAAUGAUUCUGCACUAAUUAAACUAUCCAAGUCUAGUGUACUUUGCCUUCUGAGGGUUUUCUUUUGCUGUCCAAAGAAUAUCAUCGGUGCUUGUUUUGAACUUAUCGAUUCUAGUGCAUCAGCAGAGGAUGAAAAACGAGGAGGAUGUUACUUCCUUAGACAGGUGAUAACCAGACUUGAUACUGGAGAUGUGGUUCAGGAUAAUCCUGGAUCAAUAAUAGCUUCUACUGAAAGGGGUAAUGAAGCAAAUACUAUUAUUAAUGGCAAAGAGACAUCUCCUAUUAUGAGAAACUGCUUGCUGGGACAGGCUGUUAGCAAAGAUCCUUCAUUGAGAGGAUUGAUACUGGCCAAGUAUAAGAAGCUAUGUAAUUCAUUAGCUGUAGAAGGUUUAUCGGAUAUAAGAUCAUUAUUGGAAAACAUAUUAACUUCUCUUAAAGACCUCUUUGGUCUUGAUGAUGGUAAUGUGGACACUGAACAUUAUGAGCCCGAUCCAUCUGAAUACACAUUGGGGUGCUAUAUGGUCCCCAAGACAAGUAAUCAACAUGGUAACUUACCCGUAGUUUCUGGACAGAAUAUUACUAAUAGAAAUCAUGGUGGGCCUUCCAAUAAUGAAUUGGAAGACAAGCUCCCAGGUCAACAUUCAGAAACUCACAUGUCAGUGGUUGCUGCCGAAGUUCAAUUGACAAGUUCUGCACAUGACACUGGAAACUCCAACUUGAUGAAUUUUGAGUCUACUGGGUCAAGCAAUGCAUCUAUAUGUAGGUCUUCAACACCCAGAAAUAUGUCUACCAACUCAAUGCCAUCACCUGUCUCAAGAAAACCAUUUGAAUUGAGGACUAGUUCAAUUGAAUAUCCACCAUAUGCUUGUGAAAAAAAUGAGAAGAAUAUAGUUCCAAACACUGAUAAUUGCUAUCAUGCGUUGAGAUCUUCUAACCAUGAUAGAAGUAAGGCAUCUGAAUCUCCUAAAGAUCAUCUCAACAUGCAGCGUCCACUAAAUAGCAAUCAAGUGAUGUGGUACACUGAUGGUGAACCUGGGUCUAUGGAUGUUUUUUCAGCUUCUAACCAUUUGUGGCUAGGUUCUUUAGGUCCUAGUGCAUCUGAAGCUAUUGUCAGAUUUGAAUUUGAGAAGUUUGGUCCAGUAGAACGAUUUCUGUAUUUUCCAUUUAAAGGAUUUGCUAUUGUCCAUUACAGAAAUAUAAUGGAUGCAAUAAAGGCUAGGGAGGUUAUGAGAGGACGUGCUCCUUGGGGUGCUUGCCUUCAAAUAAGGUUCAUGGACAUUGGAUUAGGAACCAAAGGAGUCAUAAAUGGUGUUGCUGUUGGAUAUAGUUGUCAUGUUUACAUUGGAAAGGUCUCAAAUAAUUCAGUUAAGGAUGAGAUGCUCCAAGAAUCGAAGAAAAUCGUUCAUAAGGGGCCACGCUGGACUACAGACCUUACUGGAGAAGGAGCUCUGUUGAUGGACUUUGAUUCUCCUGAAGAAGCUGCUGCUGUAAUGGGGCACCUAAGGAAGCUUCGCCAGGAAAAACUUCAUCCUUCGUAUUCGAAUGUAGGCUCAGCUGAUGUUGCAAUGCCAAUGGAUAUUACACAAUCUGGGCCUGCUCAUAUUCCUUUUGAUGUUAGAGUCAAUGAUUCUGGCAAUAAUGUGGUUGGAUCUCCACAUUCAGUGACUAAAUCUGGGAGUCCGGCUGAUAGAAGGAUGUCUCGUUUAUCUUCCUUACUAUCUUCAUUAAGCAUGAAGUGUUAUGGUACUAAUAACUCUGCCUAUAACCACUAUGGAAGUUGCAGAAGUCAAGAUGACCAAAUUACUUCUAGCAUGCUUUGGAUUAACAUCCAAAAUAUUAACCCUACAAUAAUUGCCGACGAUGAGUUGAUGGCUGCUUGUGACCUUGCUAUUGGCAGUGUCGGUUCUGUCAUUAGGCUGACACGAACAAAUAUGCCAACUGGUUCUUCUUGGCUUGUUGAAUGUAGCAGUACCGAUACUGCUUAUGCUCUUCUGAAAACCUUGCGAGGUUGUCCAGCGACCUUUUUCCAGAUAGAGUUCAGUCAACCUGGUAUGCACCAAGCUACAGCAACUGCAGAAACUAAUGGACAAAUGAGUCAAAGUGGGUAUGGAUCUCACUCAGGCUGGAAUUCCUUUGGAUGUCCGCCAGCAUCACAAAUUGGGCCCAUGGCUGUCGAUGGUUCUUGUAGUUCUAUGGCACCUAAUCAUCAACAUGGAGGAGGUCAGGUUACUUCUGGUGCACCUGAACAGCUGUAUAUGCACAGACAUCCUGCACCAGGGAACAUGGUGUGCAUGCCUGUACCAAUUCAGGGACCUCCUGCUCCACCACCACCACCACCACCUCAUCUACCCCCUUUCAUGCAACCCGUAUAUUACCCUCAAAACUCUUGGGACGCACGGGGAUUUGGUCACCAAGUUCCUCCAAAUCCAGUAUCAUCUGGUAUAAUGCCCAAUUAUCAUCACGGUAACCCUGUUCCAGCUCCUUUCAUGCCUACUUCUGUCACACCAUUAGCACAGAUGCAUGGAAACUCAAUGCAGCACAAAGGUAUGAUGUUUCCUCCACCUGUUGGACCACCUCCUGUCACCUAUCUUCCACCUCCACCUCCUCCACCUGAUCUUCCACCACCAUUACCUCCAUCUCUCCCACCCCAGCCUCAGGCCCAUCCACCUUCUGCACCACCUCCACCUUGUUCUCCUCCACCGGUACCCCCACAACUUCUAGAUUCGUACCAUCAUGAAAGCCAUGUGCAACAUCAAUGGCAGGGUGCCUUAUGUAAAAGUGGAGUCCAUUACUGUACUAUUAAUGCACAUAAGGCAGAAUCUGAUAUUUGCAGAUACUCGAUUGCUCUUUCAGAGCCUGCAGAAUGGCCGGCAAAAUUAGAUAUGAUGAAACGCACAGAUCUCCAACAUGUGAAAACAACAUUUUCUAAUAUGCCACCACAUAAGAGAGAGGUCUGUUGGUUGCUCCCAUCGUCUGAAGGUGACAGAAAAGGCUUCAUGGACUUCAUAUCAUAUCUGAAGCAGAGAGAAUGUGUAGGAGUAAUCAAGAUCCCAGUUUCGAAAUCUGUUUGGGCAAGACUUCUCUUCAUUCUUCCAUACUCUCCUGAUUUAUGUUCAAUGCUUUCGGUUGCGCCUUAUCCCUCCCCAGACUGCCUCAUUGGAUUGGUUUUGCCUAAAGAGACAAACGUGGACUGACCACAGUUUUGAUUAAAGAAACGGCGAAUAGUUGUGGAAUUCCUGUCGGCAUAUGUAAAUAUCGAUGAUGCCUGGGUUAUGUUGUUUUAAUGUUAUUACAAGUUUAUUGCCUGCUUCUUUCUCCGGGUCUCUUCAUUACUAGAGAGAAUGAUUGGUUUUUGUUAGUUUAGUUAGUUAGAAUGAAAGUUGGAAAGAACCGUUUUUUUUGUAGUGUGUUUCCAAGUUUUAGCUUAUACUUAUUUAAUUAGUUGAUUUUGAAGCAACUUCUUAUUGAAA